AUGGGACUUGGACUGGAACUCGAACUCGAACUCGGACUGGAACUGGAACUGGGACUGGGACUGGGACUGGGACUGGGACUGGGGCUGGGACUUGGGCUGGGAUUGGGGCUGGGGCUGGGGAUGGGAGCACAUUACUCGCUCACGCCUCCCCCUCCCCCUCCCUCUUCACAACUGCACGAACCCCAGCUGUCGACUCCUGCUCCUGAUAUCCUCGAUCUUGCUCAAUUUGGAGUCGAUGGGGCUGGCGGGGGGAUGGGGGAUGGGAGCAAGACUCGAGCUGAUCGAAACGUGGAUCUCGUCCGUCUUGUAUUCCAGGAUUCGUCGAUCCUGCUCCGGCUUCCGAUUAACCUCAUUCUCGACCCCGAUCUCAACCUCAAAUUCUUCAAAUCUGAUGCCACCUUAUCUCAUCCCAUCCAAUCUCAAUAUCUCAUCCAAUCUCAACCUCCAUCUCGUCCGAUCUCAACCUCCAUCUCGUCCGAUCUCAACCUCCAUCUCAACCUCCAUCUCAUCUCGUCCCUUCCCUUCCCUUCCCUUCCACUCCCACAACCUGACCCAAUCUCGAGAGCAAAUCGACUCUGCACGAGUUUACGAUCUACACGCACGCACCUACCCACGCACGACGCCUGCCCUGUCCUGGCGUCUGGUGUUUGGCGUCUGGCGGGUAUGUCACUGCUGCAUGGGAGAUACACCGACGUGCUCCGGUUGCGCUUUUCGCUUUUCUUUUUCACUUUUCGCUCUCGCCUUUUUUCACUUAGAACAAACUUUCCAACCAACCGCGUCAGCGAGAUCGCAGCACGUUGCACGCUUCGUCCUCUGAUCAUCAGGCCUUCAGCCGCUGUCAGCAGUCGGAUGUCAACAGCGCUCUGA